AUGCGUCGUUCUGUGCUCAUUCUGUCUACUUGUGCUCUUCUGGCUCUCGGUCAAGACUGGGGAGGAGGAGGAGGUGGUUACGGUAAGAAACAUACAUUUCCUUUGCUUUCUCACCUAAGUUUUUUCAGGAGGUGGUGGCGAUAUGGGAGGAGGAUACGGCGGAGGUGGCUACGGCGGAGGUGGCGACAUGGGAGGUGGCUACGGAGGUGGCGGCGAUGGAGGAGGCUAUGGCGGCGGUGGUGACAUGGGAGGGGGAUACGGUUAGUUACUAUUUUCAACAUCUCAUAACUAAAUUUUAAAUUUUCAGGAGGAGGAGGUGACGGAGGAUACGGUGGCGGAUACGGAGGAGGUGGCUACGGAGGUGGUGGCGACAUGGGAGGCGGCUACGGAAUGGGCGGUGGAGGCGGUGGAGACGGUGGAUACGGAGGUGGCGGAUACGGUGGAAACAUGGGAGGCAACAUGGGAGGCGGCGGUGGUGGAUACGGAUCCUACCAAGGAGGAGGACCACAACAGCCGAUGGGAGGCCAGCAAGGAGGAUACGGAGGACAACCGUACGGAAAUGCCGGAGGAUGGCCACCAAUGCCGAACUGA